UGUCAGACUGUCCUAGAAUUAGUAUUGUUACAAAAUUUAAAAUUUUCACUUUAUUUUCGGCGUCCCGUCCAGAAGUCUUAGACUCUAGUCUUCUAAUUCAGCAUGCUGAUAUGGUUAUCUAGUUUUUAUAAAGUCUACAAGCCAUAUAUUGCACUGUUUCGCUUUUUAUUCGUUUUGAUUGCACUUCAAGUUGCGGGCUCAGUCAAAGUUUCGCUUUAUAAUGAACCCCGUUUACCGGCAACUAUUACUCCCUAUCACUAUGACAUCAAGUUGAUAACCCACCUGGAUGACCUGUCUAACCUGAGGUACAAUGGUUCCGUAAAUAUUUCCCUCCUUGCUCAGAAAAGCACCAAUCAAGUGGUGCUCCAUGUGGCCAAUGUUUCCAUCGGUGGCAAGAGUAUAAAGCUUUAUGGUGAGACCUCGGACUAUCACCUGAUGAAUGUCAGAUUCAACAAACUUCGUGAUUAUAUGGUUCUAACUUUCAACAAGCCUUUAAAAAUGGGCAAGUCCUAUGUGCUCAGUAUUGAAUUCGGUAGAUCAAUGUCGAGAAAAAAGGAAGACGGUUACUUAGUACUUCACUAUAUGAAUGCAAGGACAUCGAAGAAAGUUUGGUACUCCGUGUCUCGUUUUCAUCGGAACUUCAUAAGAAACACCAUGCCCACUUUUGAUGAGCCUGCCUUGAGGGCCACCUUUAAUGUGACAAUGGGCCAUCACAGGCGUUUCCAGAGCUACAGCAAUAUGCAUGUUAGAGCUGUGCUGCCCAACCUUGAACUUCAGGACUAUGUUUGGUCGGUGCAUGAAGUGACCCCCCUCAUGCCCACCCAUUUACUGGCCUUUUCGGUGAACAAUUUCACCUGUCGGUUUACUCAGGCGAUCAGUGCGAAUCCCGUUCGCAUUCGCACCUGUUCCAAGUCGUCGGAUGUGCGUGAGACCGCCUUUGCCGCUGAAAAGGCUCCCCAGCUGUUGCAGUUCCUGGACGGACUGCUGCAGGUGCGCCUGCCGCUGGACAAGAUCGACCAGCUGGUGGUGGACGAUUUCCCCAGCUCGGCCAUUGAGAAUUUCGGCAUGGUCGUCUACCGCAGCAGGGAUAUCCUGCAGCGCGAGGAUGGCCUGAUGAGCAGGGCCAAAUUGCAGGCACUUCAGCUGGUGGCUACCCAAAUGGCUCACAUGUGGUUUGGCAACCUAAUGGGCAUUGACUGGUGGUCGGAUCUCUGGCUGAGAGAGGGUCUAACCGGCUAUUUUGAGGCCCUGGCCGCGGAUCAUUUGCAGCCGGGAAUGGGCCGUAGAAUGCUGCUACGCUGCCGCGAAACGGCCUUCAUGUACGAAUCGCAAGUGGAUGGCAUGUCCUUGGCGCCGCUCUUUCCGCCCGCCAGUCCAGAAUCGGAGGAGCACCUGUUCCAGAAGGCCACUUCUCUGAUUGGAAUGCUGAAUGGCUUCCUGGGCAACGCCACAUUCUACGACGGUCUGCAGCGGCAUCUGUGGCAAAACUCCUUUGCCACCAGCACUGCCGAUCUCUUCUGGCGAUCACUGCAGUUGGCCAACGAAAGGCAGUCUGCCAAGCCCAAAGACUGGGAUGUAAAGGCCAUCAUGGACACGUGGAUCACACAAAAGGGCUAUCCACUGGUCACGGUCAUCAGGGAAGGCAGAAAGAUUACCCUAUUCCAAAGCCAAGCGAUCAAGGAGAGCGGAACGAAGCUCUGGUGGAUUCCCCUCACCUAUUUUAUCCAACAUGAGACCUCCAACGAAGACCUCAAGCCGAGAGCCUGGCUCACUCCACUCAAUGAUCGCCUGCAACUGGACGAGGAGGUGCCCCAAGAUCGUUGGAUCCUUCUUAAUCUGCGGGCCAUCGGCUAUUACAGGGUCAACUAUGACGAGCACACCUGGAAGUUAUUGGCCAAAAAGCUUUUCGAUGACUUCCGCAGCAUUCACGUCCUUAACAGGGCUCAGAUCGUCAGCGAUGUCCUUUUCCUGUGGAAGCACGAGCUCAUCAGCUGGAACACCGCCUUGAACGUCCUUAAAUAUAUCAUCGACGAGGACGAGUACGAACCCCUCAUGGCGUUUGUUGUGGGCGUAACCCAUGGCCUUUGGGGCGUCUCGCCGGAGAGUUCCUUUUACAUUGCGAAAUGGCUUGGAAUUGCUGGAAAAUGGUAUGCGGAGUUCAUCAGUUAUACGUUCGACAAAUUCGUGUUUCAGGAUGUGAACUGGAAUAGCCUCGACUACCCGGACUAGCCGCCAUUCCAGAACCACAAACUAAUGGGCCAGACCAGAUCCACAGUCACUUCCCCAUCCGGACUCCUUCUUCUCCGGUGGAUGGCGAAAUAAAACCGCCAUCAAUGAACCGCAAUUGUAUUUGUUUGCAAAUAACUGAGCGUUAUCUGAGACUAUUUAUCUUUAUCUGCAACAACAGCAGUAGCAGAAUCAGGAGCAGAAGCAGCUCCGCUCCGCACAAUGCCAAAGGACUCGGGAAGGAGUCAGCAGCCACUGGGAACUGGGGCUCCACUUACAAGGCGCCAACUGAAAUAAUGAUGCAGGCGAAAUAACAAUAAAGGCGGUGCCGCGAAGAGGACCGAGAACUCGGAGGACUGGGCACGAAUAAAGGACAGUAUCAAUGCUCCUUUCCGCAGUGGUAAAGACAAUGCCAGACCCCUAAUACUGCAGCAAUUUCCAUGGCAAUGCCGAUGCCAAUGCAAUGGACUCCUCCUGCUUGCCAAAUCACUUGAACGACUCGAGUGUUAAAGUCUUUAGAUGGCUUUAAGGUCGUUGUAAAAUGCUAAGGGAGAAAUUAAUCGAUAAAAUAUAAAUUAAAGUACCCUACCUGCGAAAUAUAUUAAGUAAAAUUGUGUGAUUGUACAAAUAUUUAAAACAAAACCAAGGUCUAAGUAAAGUAAAAAUAUUAAGACGGAAAA